CACAUUACCACUGGUAAUGUUCAAUUUCCUCUUAUUUCCUCACUUUUUCUUGUGCAGCUUUUCAAAUAUGCCUCUUUCAGUAGCGGUGAAGAGGCCAAACCUGUACAGGCGUCUGGUUCAAAACGUGAUCUGUUUUAUCUAGUUUCUGCAUGCUGUGUCUCUCCCUGUUCACUCAGCUCUCUCUGUAUCUAUCACACGGGAGCAUCUGGUAAAACACCAGCAACUGCGACUGUGGUAUGAAAACAGCUGAGUCAAGCUCAUAGCAGGCUGUAUUUUCGAAGACAGCAGCAGUGUUGCAGCAGAGCACAAUGCUGGGAUGCGACGGAGAAUCAGGAACAAGAGUUCGACAUAAACUGACCCUGGUUACAGGUCUGCUGGAGUGCCUAUGUUUUGCUGGGGUUGUGUUUGGAUGGGCUUCUCUUGUCUUCGUUCUGAAGACAGAUGGAUACUUUAGUGAUCUGUGUGUCAAUGUGACUGAAGCAAAUGGCACAUCAGCUAAAGUUACUCUCCUAGACUGCAGUGCUCAGGAUGAGCAGUUCUCUCUUAUCUUCACUGUUGCUUCCUUCAUGAACAACUUUCUCACUUUCCCCAACGGCUUCCUUUUUGACCUGUAUGGAACGAUGGCUACAAGAUUUCUGGCAAUAUUCCUCUAUACCACAGGGACGUUGCUUGUGGCGUUUUCAAGUAAAGCUCUCUCCCUCUUGCUCUUCCCUGCCCUUUCUUUCAUUGCUGUGGGGGGCAUUUUGUUACUUCUCACAAACAUGCAGGUGGGAAACCUUUGUGACACUCAUCGUUCGACUAUCAUUACUCUUUAUAACGGUGCUUUUGACUCCUCAUCUGCAAUUUUCCUCAUCAUCAAAGUCCUGUAUGAGAAAGGGAUUUCUCUUCAGACCUCUUUCCUCUUCCUGUCUGCCUGUGAUAUCAUUCAUCUACUGCGAACUCUCUUCCUUUUACCCAAAUCACACAUACCUUCUCCAAUCCCAGAGAGCUACACUUAUGGCGUAAGCUGUCGUAAGUCAAGGAGCUACAAUGUUGAAGAGUAUGAGAGCAAGCAGGAGUUGCAGGACUUACCGGACAGAGCAGGACAAAACAACAGCAGAGACACUGACCAAUUAAAGACAGAUGACUCACCUCAAAACUUAAGCAAAGACAGAAGCUUUAAGAGCUGUGUUCUAUCCUGGUUCUUUCUGUGGCAUCUGAUGUGGCUUUCACUCAUGCAGCUGCGUCAUUAUCUUUUCAUUGGAACGCUGAACCCAAUGCUGAACCGACUGGCAAACCAAGACCCAGCCACUGUUAGCCGGUACACCAAUGCAUUUGCCUUCACUCAGCUGACUGGCAUCCUCUGUGCUCCUUGGAAUGGCUUGUUAAUGGACAGACACAAAGGGAAGGCAUUGAAGCCAGGAGAGACAGAGAAAGAAGCCGACUUGCGCUCGACCGUCUUGUCCCUCUUCCUUACUUCUCUGCAGUGCCUUAUCUUCUCUGUGUGUACAACCAUUCCUGUUCUUCCUCUGCAGUACGUCACAUUCAUCCUGCAGGUCCUCAAUCGAUCCUUCCUGUACGGCGGGAAUGCUGCUUUCAUCAGCAUCGCGUUUCCUGCCCAACACUUUGGAAAGAUGUACGGGCUCAUGAUGUCCCUCUCAGCUGUGGUGUCAUUGCUGCAGUAUCCUUGUUUUGCCUUGGUCAAAGCUUUCGGAGGGGAUCCCUUCUAUGUGAACCUUAUUCUGACCAUUCUGACGUUAUUGGCUUUCGUCCAUCCUCUGAACGUCUUCCUCCACUGUAGAAGCAUGGCCACGCAGAGAGAAAUGACACAGAGCACGCUGCCUGCUGAUUCUUCAAGAACAGGACCUACACUAUAGUGCCUAUAAUUAGUUAGUUAUAGUUAUAGUAGUAUGUUACAUUUCAUGGCUACUUGUACAAAAUUAUGGUUUGAAGGAUUACAUUUCUAUAUCUCUGUUAAAUUAUGCAGUUUACUUUAAGCUGAAUCGUGGAAAAAAUAUAAUGCCAAAUCAAAAAUAAAUCAAAUAAAUAAAUCAAUCAAAUUAUUAAAAAUCAAUAAAAUCAUUAAAAUUU